CUCAAGCAAGGACCACCAAAUAUAAUGCCAAGAAAGUCGGUGUCCAUGGUAAUCAUAGCAGUGCUGCUGCUCUCGGUGUCCAUGGCGGCCGCGGCGCGCGUGCCGGCUGCAGUGGCGCCGGACUGCAACACCACCUGCGGCAACGUCAAGGUGCCGUACCCCUUCGGCAUGGGGCCGCGCCACUGCUACAGGCAGCCGGGGUUCAAGCUUAUCUGCGACCACAGGAGCACGCCCCCGCGGCUGCUCCUCGGCGACAGCGGCGAAUUCGAGGUCGCAGACAUCUUCCUGGAGAACAACACGAUGCGCGUCCGCAGCAGCCACGGGCUGAACGUGAGCACCAGCACCGGGCGUGGCCGGUGGAGCCUCGGGGGUGAUCGCGUCGGCGUGCAACCGCCGCCGUACGUGCUGCUGCCGGACUUCAACGAGUUCAUCCUCACGGGGUGCAACGUCCAGGCGACGCUGGUCCGAGAUGGCAGCAUCGUCAGCGGCUGCGCCUCCUUCUGCUCUGCCACCAACGACGGCGAGCUGGUCACCGGCACGUUUGCUCCCAACGGCACGAUCUGCUCCAACAUCGGUUGCUGCCAGUCGACCAUCCCCAUCGACGACGCCACCUAUGACGUGCGCAUCAGGCGUCUUGACCUCGACGAUGGCGGCCCACGGCCGAAGGUGGACGCAGCAGCCGGCGGUGACUUGCCGUUGAACGUGAUCAUCGCCGAGACGGGCUGGCUGAGCCAAGAUAUUGCCAGCUAUCUCAACAACCCAGAGCAUUCCCCACGGCCGAAAGCAGGGCUGCGGCGGGUCCCCGUCAUUCUCCAGUGGGCCGUGCCGCACGGUGCGGCAACGACUGACCUCGACACACGUGCGUGCCCCGGCGAUGCUGCCCGGAGCAUUUGCAAGAGCACCAACAGUGAGUGCAGAGACGAGGCUUAUUAUACGCUUAGAGGCUACUCAUGCCAAUGCAAGGAGGGUUACCAGGGCAACCCUUACCUCACCGGUGGAUGCCAAGGUACCUUGUUUUCUUUAACGGUUUUGCCAUCUCUCAAGCUAGAAAUAAAUAUUUUAAACCACCUGUCAUGUCAGACUUUAGCAUGUGUGCAAUUGCCAGGUCACAACUCGGGAUUAAUCAUUGGUCUAUCGGUUGCUAGUGGCCCAUGCAUUCUAAUUUUGGUGCUUGGAGCACUCCUAUUAAUUCGUGAUUUCGAGCAACGCAAGGUGAAUAUGUUGAGGAGGAAAUGGUUCAGUCAAAAUCGUGGGCAAUUGUUGAAGCAAUUGGUAUCUCAUAGGACAGACAUUGCAGAGAGGAUGAUCAUUCCGUUAGGGGAGCUAGAGAAGGCCACCAACAAUUUCGACCAAGCUCGUAAGGUUGGCGGUGGAGGGCACGGCACUGUCUACAAAGGGAUUUUGUCAGACUUGCAUGUUGUGGCCAUCAAGAAAUCAAAGAUUGUGGUGAAGAGAGAAAUUGAUGAGUUCAUAAAUGAGGUUGCCAUACUCUCGCAGGUCAUUCAUAAGAAUAUUGUGAAGCUUCAUGGCUGUUGCCUUGAGACAGAAGUUCCUUUAUUGGCCUAUGAGUUCAUUUCCAAUGGAACCCUCAACGAUCAUCUUCACAUAGAAGCACUGAACUCACUGCCUUGGAGAGAUAGGUUAAGGAUCGCAAGUGAAAUAGGCAAAGCUCUUGCUUACCUCCAUUCUGGUAUUUCAGCCCCCGUAUUACAUAGAGAUAUCAAGCCUUCCAACAUACUUCUUGAUGAUGCCUUGACAGCGAAAGUGUCAGACUUUGGUGCUUCAAGGUAUAUUCUUAUGGAUCAAACAGGGGUAACAACAACUUUAGUGCAAGGAACUAGAGGGUAUUUGGAUCCUAUGUACUAUUAUACAGGUCGACUGUCGGAUAAGAGUGAUGUUUAUAGUUUUGGAGUCCUCCUUAUUGAGUUGCUUACUAGGAAGAAGCCAACUUUGUAUGUGUCAUCCGAAGGUGAUGGUCUUGCUGCACAUUUUGCAACAUUGUUUGCGGAGGGCAAUCUGUUGAAAAUAGUAGAUCCGCAGGUUGUAAAGGAGGGAGGUAGGGAAGUCGAAGAAGCAGCCGCUCUAGCUGUGUCGUGCAUAAAAUUAAGAGGAGAGGAGCGGCCAACUAUGAGGCAGGUGGAGAUGGCAUUGGAAGCCCUAGUUGCACCGGGGGAACAUGCUAUCGAAGAUUUGGCAGCAAAAACAGAUGAGGAGAAACAUGUUGCACUGAGUUAUCCAUCGGCUAGCAGAAGAUCAAACAUAGAGGACGCGAGCAGAUGUUAUAGCCUAGAAGAAGAGUUCAUGUUUUCUGCGAGAUACCCUCGAUAGGUUUUUUCCUUGUGACUAAAUGUAUGCGUGAUGCGGUUUUGUCCUUAUUUGUGGCAAAA